AUGGUCUACACACUUAUCGUUCACAUGAGAGCAAAGCCAGAAACUGUCGAGGAAGUCAAGGGCAAGCUCCAUGAAGCUUCGCGUAUCUACCGUAAUGACAAAGAGACCAUCGACUGGCACGUUAUGCAAGAUCCAAAGGAUGCAACCAAGUUCGCCGUCGUUGAACGCUACGAGCAGGAAUCUAGCCAACACUACCACUUGACCAACCCAUACUGGCAGACUUUCGACCCAUACGUUGUUCCACGUUUAGCCGAGGAGAUGCAAUUGAGCAGAUUUGAGGAGUUCUAA